AUGUUGAAUCUCAUGGAGCGAUCUGCAAGAACUCAGCCAGAUGCUGAAGAAAAUCGCGAAAAUAAAUCAUUAGCGCCUUUCGGAGACGGCACUACGCCCGACUUUCCUCGAAGCUCCACUGAUACUUUACGAAGUCUCGACAUAAGUCGGAAUAUUCCAAGUAUUGUAACGCCCAUGGAUGCAGAAGACUCUCCUUGGGGAGACGUGCCAUCAAAUCCUAGCUCCACCCAUGCGAAAAGCCCAGUAGCCUCCGAACAAGAUCCGUCCUCUAAUUCGCCAAAACCUGAACAACAUGCAGUAUCAUCACCAAGAAGCGCAUCAGGCCGAGGGCCGCGUGCCGCCAAAAAGGUCGUUGUUCCAACAACAAGACUAGAGCCUGUUGAUGGCUCUUUGGAUCCACUGGGUCCAUUAGGUGGCAGCGCACCUACUUCCGAACCCGAACAACCGCCAAUCCCUCCGUCGAAGGAACAAUCAUUGCCUACUCGCUCCGCACGCCCACCACCCUCAAAUACUGCGAAGGUACCAAGUCCACUAGGAUCACCAGACCUUGGAAAUGAGGAGCGAACGUCAGUCAGUUCACGGUCCCAAAAUUAUGCUCAAGGACAGGGCCCACCUGGAGGCUUUGAUAAUGCUAGGCGGCAAACGCAACCGAGCAUUAGCAUCGAACAAGCUGCGCGCCCGACCUUUGACAUUACUGUGGGAGAUCCACACAAGGUCGGGGACCUUACAAGCUCGCACAUCGUAUAUCAAGUUCGGACGAAGACGACCUCAAAGGCAUAUAAGCAUCCAGAGUUUACCGUUGGCCGGCGAUAUCGCGAUUUUCUGUGGCUUUACAACACCCUUCAUAGCAACAACCCCGGUGUAGUAGUACCGCCGCCUCCGGAAAAACAAGCUGUUGGCCGCUUCGAUACUAAUUUCGUUGAGUCUCGAAGAGCGGCUCUAGAACGAAUGCUCAACAAAGUUGCAGCGCAUCCUAUCCUCCAUCAUGAUGUCGACCUCAAGAUAUUUCUCGAAAGUGAUGCUUUCAACGUGGACAUCAAACACCGUGAACAUAAGGAACUCGGCUUAGGUGAAAACAAAGGUAUGCUCAGCUCGUUUGGACUGGGGAGCACAGCGACUGGCAAAUUCAUUGAACACGAUGACUGGUUCCAUGACCGCAAACUAUACCUUGACGCCCUGGAAAACCAGCUGAAAGCACUCCUGAAAUCCAUCGACACAGUUGUCACACAGCGCAAAGCUCUAGCAGAAGCAGCUGGCGAACUCUCCUCUUCUCUAUAUUCUCUCUCGACCGUCGAGCUCUCCGUCUCACUUUCUACACCUCUAGCUAGCCUUUCUGAUCUCCAAUUACGCAUUCGUGAUCUCUAUGAACGUCAGGCCCAGCAAGAUGUACUCACUCUGGGAAUUACAUUGGACGAGUAUAUCAGGCUCAUCUCAUCCAUUAAGACUGCUUUCGCUCAACGGCAGAAGUCGUUUCAUUCAUGGCAUAGUGCUGAAGGAGAGCUGCAUAAGAGGAGGCAAACACAAGAUAAAGUGAUGAGAUCAGGCAAGACACAACAAGACCGACUGAAUCAACUACAGGCUGAUGUCGGUGAUGGUGAACGGCGGUGCCACCAAGCGAGACUCUUAUUUGAAGAUAUGGGACGGCUGAUGAGGAAUGAGCUCGAGAGAUUUGAACGGGAGAAAGUGGAGGAUUUCAAGAGUGGUGUAGAGACCUUCCUAGAAGGGGCUAUCGAGGCGCAAAAAGAACUGAUCGAGCUAUGGGAAACGUUCUUAAUGCAACUCGACGCUGAUGAGGAUGGCGAGCCAUUCUUCAAACCUCAACAGGCCAACAUUGGUCCAUCCGUAAGCCCUAAGCAAAGUGUUUCCGGGAAAGGCGAGGGAGAGGAAGGUGAGACGCCGCAGCAUCGAUCUCAGAGUACAGACCACGUUGAAAGACAAGGCGAGACAGCCCAAGCUGCCGCGGCCAUUGCAACGGUUGAGCAGGAAGAGUGA